AUGCGCGGAACGCAUGAGCAGAGCAGAGAUCAAACUUUAUCAACGAAAAUCUAUUUCAAGAGAAUGAAAAACUCCAGAAUGGAAAGCCCAAGAAACAAAGAAGAGCAGAUUCAAAUUUUUGUCGAAGACGAAAAAUUCUCGCUAAACAAGAAUCACCUCAAAAAAUCUUCGUCAUUUUUCAACGCCAUGUUUUCCGGAAGAUUCGCGGAGUCUACACAGAACUGUAUUUAUUUAAAAGAUCAUAUCACAAAAGAAGCGUUCCACAUAUUCGUCAAUUAUCUUUCAUCGGGUCUUCUACCUCCGAAAAUUCAUGCUUCAACGAUUCCAGAACUCUUCCUAGCCGCCCAUUAUCUCGACUGCCAUGAGUUUAUUGCAGCUCUUUAUGACAAAAUCAAUGAGCUUGUUCAAAAAUGCGCAUCUUACAGCCCAAUUUUAUUUUUGCUCGGAGAAGAAAUGAUGCUAGAUGAUUUGACAAAGAGCGCUUUUGACGCGAUGAAAAGAGAUCCCGUCGCUGCUUCUACUGCCGAGGAGUUUCCGCAGCUGCCGAUGGAGCUGAUGGAAGAACUGAUCACGAAGAAUUAUGACUGCAAAGAAGUAGAUAUGCUCAAGGCUUGUCUGGUCUGGAUUAAGGCCAAUGGAAUGUCACCGGUAGAAGCAGUUGAUCUUUUAGGGCUCAUUAGACCAGCGCUGAUCUCCCGAUCCGAGUGGGAAACCCUCGAUCCCUCCGACGACUUCGCCGACUAUCUUUUCGAUCUUCGCGAAGAAUUCGACUCCUACAACUCCAACCCUUCCGUCCAGCCACUCAUCCAGAAGCCAAAGACUCGCCUCCGCUGUGAAGAAAGACUUUCUCUUCAAGUGGAAGGAAUUGUCUGCCAAACACCGGUCAGAAUGAGAAGAGAGCAUUUGACAGAUGCAAUGAGCGCCGCCGCGAUGGACCGGGAGCACAGUCACCUGAUCGACCCAGCCCAUGUCGUUCUGGAAUUUAACGAGUUUGUUUAUGUUCUUGGGGAAUAUAGGUCAAAUAAAAGCUCACAGCCAGUAAAAGUCUCAAAACGAUUCGACCCUCGAACGGGAACCUGGUUCGAGAUUGCCCCGAUGAAUCAAUCACGCUCAAAUUUUGCCGCUGUCGCCUGUGGCGAGUUCAUCUACGUCUUCGGGGGCAAGCGAGGCUCGCACGGGCUCAGGGCGUGCGAACGCUAUUGCCCGCGCACGAAUACAUGGAAGAACAUUGCGCAACUGCCAACAGCUCUGUGGCAGCAUGCUGCUGUUUCUGUCAAUGGUUCGAUUUUCAUCUCCGGUGGGAGCACCAAAGCCCGUGGAGAAGUCAAACUCGAUGCUUUCAUAAAAUACGAUCCAAAAAUGAACAAAUUCACGAAAAUGGCCGAACUGAUUUCAGAAAGAGUGGAUCAUACAAUGGCAGUGAUAGACAAGAAUCAAAUCGCAAUUUUGGGAGGACGAGAUCCGUGGAUGUUUUACUCGCAAGUCAAACCAUUCGGCCCCCUUCUUGCUUCCUCCAAGCUCAACUACAGUAUCGUCGACGACUCUUCGAACCAGAAACUCAUCCACAUCUGGGCUGUUGACUUCAAGAACUCCGGCGAAAUCAUCGAGUUCAACUUUUCCACCCGCCAAUGGAGAAUUCUUCCAGCCGAGAACGAUGUCAGAGUGUUUGACAUUUCUUAG